AGAUGGGUGGAGAGACGUGGACAGAAAUAAAAAGAGAGGACAGUGAAAUACAGCCGCAAACGACAUAAAGAAGUAAACAGGAGUGCCUUAAGACAUAGCAAAAUAAAACAUUCCGAUAAGCUGAUCCUGAUUAGGAAGAAUCUGACCUGGAGAGAAGCUCUGAGAUACUGCAGGAACCAUCAUCAUGACCUGGUCUCAGUGCGCACUGAGGAGAUGCAGCUCUGGGUGAAGGAAGUGGCUCAAGAUGCCUCCACUGAACACGUGUGGCUCGGCCUGCGUCACACCUGCGCUCUGGGCUUCUGGUACUGGGUGAAUGGAGAGAUGAUCUGCUACCAGGACUGGGCUCCAGGCAACGGGACAGGGUUUGAAGACUGUAGCCAUGAGGAGAGAACCGGAGCAGUGCAGUCUGGAGGAGAGCAGAAGUGGAUCAGCCUUCCUCAGAGCAAAAAACUCAACUUCAUCUGCUCUACCUAUGAAGUUCAGGAGCAGAAGGUGAGAAGAAGAAGAGCAGAAAGACGAGUGAACAAACUCACAACACACAACCUGGGAGCUUUUAUACUAUUCACUGCAGCAGUAAAGUCCAGGAGAAACAUUCCAGACAUGAGUCAUAAGUGGGGUUUUGUUAUCCUGUUCAUCUCAGUGGUAUGUGGUAUAGGAGCAUAUAUUCCUCAUCGCUAUCACUUUGUGAAUGAGAAUAAAACUCGGAGUGAAGCUCAGACUUACUGCAGAGUGAAAUACACUGAUCUGGCAACCAUCAACAACAUGGGAGAGAUGAAGAAGCUGAAUCACACGCUGAUGAAGGAAAAUGCAAAGAAAGCUUGGAUUGGUCUACAGAGAGAGGGACCUGGGAAAUGGCAGUGGUCUCUGGCAGACCAAACUUUCUACAGAGAUGGAGACACUUACAGAAACUGGGAUAGUGGAGAACCAAACAACAAUAAUAGAAAAGAGUACUGUGUUGAGAUGCGAUGCAACAAAGGCAUGUGGAAUGAUAACAACUGUGAGACUUCAAAUCCUUUCGUAUGUUAUGAAGCAAAGAACACAAAGACUGAAUAUGUAGUGAUUAAAGAGACAAAGAGGUGGUAUGAUGCUCAGAUCUACUGCAGAGAGAAAUACACUGACCUGGUCAGUGUGAGGAACCAAACUGAGAAUGAGGAGAUCUGGAGAAUGAUUAAUAGUUCAGUGCAUCAGAAUGUUUGGAUCGGUCUGUUUAAUGACUCCUGGAAGUGGUCAGAUCAGAGUAACUCCUUAUUCAGAUACUGGAGCUCUGACAAAACCAGUGGAGGUUUGAACUGUUCUGCAGUGUCUGAGUCUGAGCAACGUUACUGGAGUGAUGUGAACUGCACAGAAAAACUCCCGUUCAUCUGCCAUGAGAAUAAGCUGAUCCUGAUUAAUGAGACUCUGACCUGGAAAGAAGCUCUGAGAUACUGCAGGAACCAUCAUCAUGACCUGGUCUCAGUGCGCACUGAGGAGAUGCAGCUCUGGGUGAAGGAAGUGGCUCAAAACACCUCCAAUGAACACGUGUGGCUCGGCCUGCGUCACACCUGCGCUCUGGGCUUCUGGUACUGGGUGAAUGGAGAGAUGAUCUGCUACCAGGACUGGGCUCCGGGCAACGGGACAGGGUUUGAAGACUGCAGCCAUGAGGAGAGAACCGGAGCAGUGCAGUCUGGAGGAGAGCAGAAGUGGAUCAGCCUUCCUCAGAGCAAAAAACUCAACUUCAUCUGCUCUACCUAUGAAGGUUGAAGACAAGUUAUGCUCCAUUAUUUGUAUGCACCAACAGCUGAGCUACACCAACAUCUGAGUUUUAUUUCUUAUCAGCUUUUUCAGUCUAGCUGUCACAGACACGCCGGACCCGACACCUCACCAGUGCACUCAUUCUCCGGAGUACUAAUUUAGAUGACCUGCACCUCAUUAGUUAAUCACCUCCACUCCCCUAUUUAAGAACACUUCCUUCACUUUAUCCCCGUCUGGUCUCGUUUGUGACACCGACUUGCGGCAACGUAUCCUUACGUUAGCUUUAGCCUCUGCGCUAUUCAGGCUGAGCCUAUUCGCCCUAACUGCCUUUUUUCCCCUUCUCCUCGUAUUCAGCUCUAUUGCUGCUCUUCCCGUUACCAUUUACCAUGUCUUCUUCUCCCCUCAGCUCCGAUUUCCAGAUCACCACUCCUACAGCUGAGUAUCCUCCUCUCUCUUCUCUCUACCUGCAUUCAGCCUCAGUAAACACACCCCAUCCCGGGUUUUGAUGCUCCAUUGUCUGUUCGCUUCUGGUGUUUUUAUGACACUAGUCUAUCCAGAUGUUUUUGUUUUGUUUUUUUCUCAGAUGUUUGAUCCUAUAUCUAAGACAUGUCAUUAUUUUUUUCUCUUCAAUUUUAUGUAUGUUUAUAGUUACAUUAUUGUUAUACUCACUCUUAUAAUUAUUUCUUCAUUUAGGUCAUGUUUUUUUAUGAAAUCCUUAAAUUUAUUUCUUUCAUACCAUGUGUCUGCUUUAC